GGCAGGGUAAACUGCCAGCUCGUUGAAUGUCGUGAACAGUCACCGUGUUUCCCCCAGUCUCUCUGUACUCUGAUAAUGACUGGAUGGGGGUUGUACUCGGAGCUGCUUGUUUUAGCCUUUGCGCUGGAAGAGGGCCGUAAAAGAUGAAGUAAAGGAUUACCACCUAAACAAAAAGGAUGUAACUAACCGCAGAGCAGAAUGUCAAGAGGAACAAAAGAGACUUCUUGUUGUUGUGCGCCUCCUCGACCGACUCUCAUCCAACUGAACUAACCAGCAGCUAAACCGGCUAACGCUGGCCGAGUUAACUCCAGCUCUCAUUACGGUUUGAAGCAUCUUUGCUUGCUUGUUUGCUGAGUGGACCUCGUUGAUACUUACUAGCCAUGGCAGCGGUGGUUAGCUACUCUCCUCCAUGGUGGGUAAAUCUGCUGCACAGACUUCCGCAUUUCAACCUGAAGUUCGAGCAAACAAGCAGUGAUUUCCGACCUGACGACUGGACAUAUCAACAGUCCAUCCUGUUACUGGGAGGUUUGGCUCUCGCCUGUUUGGCGGUGGACCUCUUGUUCCUGCUCUUCUAUUCCAUCUGUUUGUGCUGCCGGCGAAACAAAAAUGAAGAUCAGCCCAAUGCUGACUGCUGCUGUACAGCCUGGUGUGUGAUCAUCGCAACACUUGUGUGCAGCGCUGGCAUUGCUGUCGGUUUCUAUGGUAACGGCGAGACUUGUGAUGGAGUGAAUCGGCUGACGUAUUCCCUGCGCCAUGCAAACCGCACAAUCACUGGGGUGCUGAAGCUGGUUGAUGACAGUACAUCCUCACUGAACCAGACUGUAGAUGACAAUCUGCAACAGCUUGAGGGCCAGUACGCACAGCAUGCCGACUACCUGUCCAUCAUCCAAAAGCUGCAGGGCCAGCUGGACGAGCUGGUCCGGCAGAUGGUGGAGAUUCCCUUCUGGGAAAACAGCAACAUCUCCCUGGAGGAGCUCGCCGUCAAGAUUGAGCUGUUUGACUGGUACAGGUGGCUGGGCUACAUAGGCCUGCUACUGUUUGAUGUCCUCAUCUGCCUCCUUGUGCUGUUCGGCCUCAUUCGCAACUCCAAGGGAACGCUGAUCGGUGUGUGCUUGUUUGGUGUCGUCGCUCUGGUAAUCAGCUGGGUCUCACUGGGGCUGGAGUUGGCUGUCUCCGCGACCUCCAGUGACUUCUGUGUUGCUCCUGAUAUGUAUGUUACCAAAGUGGUAAACCAGUAUGCAGUCAUCGAUCAAGAUAUCCUGAAGUACUACCUAAGCUGCAGUCUGGAGCAAACUAACCCCUUCCAGCAGAAGCUUUCUGGGAGCCACAAAGCUUUAGUGGAAAUGCAGGAUGACGUAUCUGAACUGCUGCGCUCUGCCACCAGAGAGUAUAAACAAACUAAGGGAAGUUUGGAAGAGAUCCAAGGGAUACUGAACACCACCGAGAUCAGUCUACAUCAGCUAACAGCCCUGGUGGACUGUCGCAGCCUUCACAUGGAUUAUGUCCAGGCCAUGACAGGAUUGUGUUACGACGGACUGGAAGGCCUCAUCUACCUCGUUCUCUUCUCCUUCGUCACAGCACUUAUGUUCAGCUCCAUUAUUUGCAGCGUGCCGCACACCUGGCAGAGCAGGAGGAGUGACGAGGAUAGUGAGGAUGAAUCUCUGAGCCACGGGGGAAGGCAAAACCAUGAUAACCUGUACCGGGUCCAUAUGCCCAGCCUGUACAGCUGUGGCAGCAGCUACGGCAGUGAGACCUCCAUCCCUGCUGCAGCUCACACCGUCAGCAACGCACCUGUCACUGAGUACAUGGCACAGAACGCCAACUUUCAGAACUCCCGCUGUGAAAACACGCCUCUGAUAGGACGAGAGUCUCCUCCCCCCUCGUUGUAUUUGACUGCCGCCGACAGUAACAGUGGUCACAGCUGGCAGUUAAAGCCUUCGGAGAGUUCAAGAUCGUUUUGGUAACCUCAUCUGCUAUGCUAACAGUACACCUCCAGCAUGCGGGCCAAGUACCUGGCCAACAGCCGACCAGACCCCAACAACCCUCCAGCACACUAGACCACCAGGUCUGGUCUGCAGCACUGACGUCUCUGAGGUCUGUCUGAUAUCGCUCAUCCUGUCAGCAGGCUCUUCCUUCUCCUCCUGCUUUCCUCCACACCACUUGACUUACAACGGAAAACCAAAAUGUGCUUUUUUUUUCUGGUUGGUUGAAGUAAAAACAUCAUCUUUUUCGACAGGAGUGCACUUGCUUUUUCUUCCUUCAGCAAACAGUCAUAGCUGCAAAAAUCAUUGGUACUGGGGGUGAAUCUGCAUCUCUGCUGUGAUGGAGCCUGGACUGAUGUUUACACUCUGACUUUACACAACAUGAACAGUGUCACAUUUAACAAAACAUUGCAGUGCUGAGGCCUCUGGAAGUGCUCAUGGACUAACACUGAUGACUACUGGUUGUUUAAUUUGUAAAGUACUGUACUGCACUCUUCUCUGCUGUGGGAGACAGACAGAGAAAUGCCUUACACGUAAAGACAACAGGAAGGAACUGAAGUCAAAGCAUUAUUUCUCACACUGAGCAGAGAUCAAACUUUUAGAUUAGCUCUUUAUUUCUUACAGCUUGUGAAACUUGAAUUGCAGCCUGUCAUAUUUGCAUUAUUCUCCGAUUAAUGUUGCCAUACUGUAUAUUACACAUGCACUUGAGCUUGCUUUUGCAUUCUUUUGAAUCUGAUGUCUGGGACCACUUUUGCUGAACUCCUACAGGACUGAAUUGAUUUUUUUUUCUGUGGGACAAUGUUUUUUUAUGUGGCAUUUUUAAAACCCAUAAAUGAGCCACUACUCCACAGCAGUGACUGUUUCUAGAGAAGCUGUGAACUUACUUUGGGCACAUUCUCUGAGGGAUUUGAGAUAAAGAUGAACUGUGAAACAGAAACGUAACUUUUAAAAGGAGAGUCUCAGUGGGAUUAUGAUAUUCAUCCUCGGAAAAAAAGGUUUUUAUACUACUGGAAGCAAAAACUUUUUUACAGCCUUUUAUGAUGGUGGUGCAGCAAGUCUUCUGCAACAUUCCUCCUGAUUCUCAAUCAUUUGCUUCUUCACUAGACUGCUUGUUAUUCUCUCCAUGUUCUGAUUAGGUUGGAGAGUCUCGUCUCCUUCAACAGAGCAGGAAUUGUCUACACACAUUUCCCCAGAUUUGAUGGUCUCCCUGAAACGCAGUAGUUAAAAAUUCAAUGUGCUGUUCAUUCCAACAAGAAUCUUAAUUCAGGUUUAUGUAAAAAUAAAUCAGUAAUGCAGCUUCUUAGAGAAUUUAAAAGUGAAACUGGUGCAUUGGCAAUGCAGUGUCUCUGAAAAUGUGUUUUAGCAUUUCUAACUAAAGUUGAUGUGACUGAGUGGCUGCUGUGAAGGGACUGAGGACUCUGCUGAUUUUUGCGUUGGAGUGUGAUGCUCUCCAGCUUCAACUCCCUCUUCUUUGACAUGCUUUUUGAUUUUUCUCAAGACUGUGCAAACACAUGAAGCAUAUUCUUUUACUAUCUUAAUUUCUUUUUCAGUGUCUUCACUUCUUCAGGCCAGUUUGUAAGGUUUGAUGAGAAAAGCUCCAGAUUAUUUUCACUCUGUAGACACAUUUAAACUCUUUCUGGGUAGUAGUCAUUUCUGGAAGUGGUCAAAUUCUCUUUGUUGUUUGUUAUGCAAGGAUGUUGUACAGAUUCAAAAAAAAAAAUACAAAAUGAAGAAAAAAGUGGCUGAAAAUGACAUUUUUUAACUUCUUAAAAAGCUUAUUUCCAUUUUUUAAUUUGUUUUGAGUUGCUUGUUUUUUAUUUCAUUUUAGGAGCUGUAGCACACAAAAUGUGCUGCUUCAUUAAUGUGAAUAUGUUAAAUAGAUUUUAAUUUCUCAUUGAGUUUAAUUCUGGAAAAAAAUCACUGUAGAUGUAGUCUUUUUUAUUUUUACAUCCUUUUUUGCAAUCUCUAAAAUGUGUACAUGUAAAACCUGUGGUUAUAUUGAGCUUGAAUGCCGUGUUUUAAAAUUAAACAGACUUUAACUGUU